AUGGCGACAACCACAAUCACUCGUGAAAAUGUCACCACUCUCUUCCCCGAAGUCCACACCCGCCUUAUCGGUGUGGACAUGGCUCCCACUGCCUCCCUCGAGACGAAUGGCACCUCCAACUCCUCUGGCGAUCUUUCCGGCUACGAUGAAGAGCAAAUUCGUCUUAUGGACGAGGUCUGCAUUGUUCUCGACAGCAACGACAUGCCCAUUGGAUCUGCCUCCAAAAAAGCAUGCCACCUGAUGACCAACAUCAACCAAGGAUUACUACACCGAGCCUUCUCCGUCUUCCUUUUUGACCCCCAAACCAAGAAACUCCUCCUGCAGCAACGAGCUAGCGAAAAGAUCACUUUUCCUGACAUGUGGACGAACACAUGCUGCUCGCACCCACUCGCUCACCCCUCUGAGACUGGCCACGGUGAUCUACCCAGCAACGUCGAAGGCGCCAAGCGCGCUGCUCAACGCAAACUGGGCCACGAACUCGGCAUUCAAGCUUCCCGAGUCCCGGUGUCGAACUUCGACUUCCUCACGCGCAUCCACUACCUGGCCCCUUCAGACGGGAAAUGGGGUGAGCACGAGAUCGACUACAUCCUCUUCAUCGAGGCCGAUGUUACGCUGGACAUCAACAAGAACGAAGUACAAGAUACUCGAUGGGUGAGCGCGGAGGAGCUGAAACAGAUGUUCCGUGACGUCGAGACGCAGACGGGCAAGGACAGGGCGCUCAAAUAUACCCCGUGGUUCCGCUUGAUUUGCGAGGACAUGCUAUUCCAAUGGUGGGAUAAAUUGCUACAAGGCCGGCUAGCGGAGGUUACUAGCGAGACGCAGAUUCGGAGGAUGUGA